CUCUGACAGGUACACCGGCGCAUGCGCAGUCGGCGCGCUCGGGACCGCAGGCCGCCUAGUGUAGCGGAAGAAGCCGAUUGCCCGUUGCUUUCAGGGCAAAAGUGGGAACACAGACUGCUUCUGAAGCCAUGAGUACAAAUAACCAAUGGGAUGUAAACAAAGCACUUACACUUGCUAGUCUUUUCCAUUUUCUUUAUGGUGCCGGAAAUGCUUGUGCAAUCCCAUUUUUAACUCUCUACUUUCGGCAGCUUGGGCUGACUGCACCUCUAGUAGGGAUUAUAAUAGGACUCAAACAUUUAAUCACUUCUCUUUGGGCCCCACUAUGUUCCUAUCUAUCAAAAACCCACAAUAAAAGGAAAGUAUUUAUUAGUGGAUCAUUAUUUUGCUCAGUUGGAACAGGUUUGCUACUUACACUCAUUCCACCAGUGAAUAAAGAUAUUAUCUAUAAAUAUUGCAACAUGAGCCAGAAUCCCACUAAACUGACUACAACGCAAGUGCCUGAUAUAAAUAUGAAUCAUCCGAGUGCAAUGAAUGGAAACUCUUUUGCCGAUAACAAAGUAUGGUCUACAGAAUCACUUGGAAUGAUCUCAAAGGACCAAGAGUCUAGGAGAAAACCAACAGUAAUGUAUACCUCAUUCAAAAUGAAAAGUAUAAAAACUCCUAUAAUAAACCAAGGUGGCAAUGAUGUUGAUAUAAAGCCACAGCAAUUCAUAGAUGCUUCUUCUGGUGUGACAUCUGGUAUUUCCGGGGAAGCUAUUGUUCCAGCAGAGCAAAAUUUGGAAACAACUACUGUAAGUGUACCUUUGAAAGAAACUGCUGGCAUCAUGACUAUCGAAGAAAAUGCUGACAAAAAUGACUCAAGAAGAAAUAGUAACUUCAAAUUUUACCCAAUCCCAUUACCUGUUACAGAGGCGCCUUAUGUACUGAAAAAUCUAUCAGGGCGCAGGGAAAGAGCCCAAGAUACAAGCUCUCAGUUACUUCAGGGUACUGAGUUCUUGGACAGUGAGCACCAGGUCUUCCUUAUGGUGUUAGGUGCUGUUGUCCUUUGGGAGCUGCUCGCUGGACCACUUGAGUGGAUGGUGGAUGACAGUCUCUAUGAAUACCUUGACUUUGUGGAUGCUGCUGACAGAUAUGAAAACCUUUGGAUCUGGAGCUACCUAGGAGCAUCUCUGGGUGUCUGCAGCACUGCAAUAUUUGUGGAUCAAUUGAAUUGCUUUUUGAACACUAAUAUUCCACGUUUUGCAGUGCAUUUUUAUGGCUAUGCCUUGUUCAUGACACUGACAUUACUGGUCAGUACCUUCUUUCCCAUUUACAUGUCAGAAAAAAAUGAACAUGUCAAUAAAACAGUCAAAGCUUUGAACCUCAUUGGAAAUGACGGUCGAACCAUCCUGUGUGCUGUCACCAUCUUCCUCACAGGAGCUAUUGGGUCAACUGUGCAGAACUUUCUUUUCUGGCAAAUGCAAGAUCAAGGCAGUCAUGAAUUAUUCAUGGGUCUCUCGGUGACUAUUGGACUGAUUGCUGAAAUCCUGCUCUAUAUCUACAAAAGCAAACUGCUAAAGGCUCUCUCUGGUGGUGGCACACUUGCCUUGGGAUUAAGUUGCCUGGCAGUACAACUGCUCUACUAUUCUUUCCUCUGGAAUUCCUGGUCCGUGCUGCCAAUCCAGGUCUUCUGCGCCUUCAGCAAUGGUGCAUUAUGGUGGGCAGUGAAUUUGAUGACAGACGACGUUGCCACUCCUGGUACAGAAAGGUCUCUGCACUUGGUCCUUCAAGGCCUCUCUCAUGGAUGUGGAGCCAGUUUAGGCAGCUUUGCAGGAGGGUUUGUUGUGAACAGCUUUGGUUUAGCAAUGCUCUACAGAGCAUGUGCCAUUACCUUAAUAUUAUGGCUAGUUUUGUUCUUGGUUGUUCAAUCUAAAUUACCACGACAGAAAAGGAUUAAUUAUUCCCGUCUCUUAGCUGCAGAUUCUAGUGAUAUGAGUGAUUCUGAUUAUGAUGAAGAAAAAGAAAGGGACUGGCUUGUAAAAGCUAUGAAAGAUGACAACUUUGCUAAGCAUUGGUAACUAAUACUGGAUUUCAACGGUCACUUUAUCAGAAAGUCGACUACGGAGAAUUAGGGUGAAGUUUUUAGAAAUAAUCCAUUCUGUAAGAAUUUAUUCUAUUGGAAGUCAAUUUUACGAUGUACAUAUUUGCUCAGGAAAUUAUUAUAAAGAUUUUAUAAAGAUUUUAUUUUCUUAAGAUUAAUUUAUUGUACAUAUUUAUAGCAAAUCUGAUUUUCUAAAAUGUUUAUUUUCAAAACUAGGGAAAGAGGGUUUUCAACAGAAAUACUGUGAAGGUUUUUUUUUCUCUUUAUGAGAAUUGGCUUUAUGAAGACUGAUCAUUUUUUAAAACAAAGAAUUCUUGCAUAAAAUGCUUCCCUUCUUUUAAUCACAAUUAGUUACUUUAAAAAUGUUCUGCUUGCUUUUCUUUUUAAAAUUAAAGGUCAUUACAGAUAUUUCAAUAUUUUGAAAACAGCUGAAAUUCUUGGACACUAUCUAAUUCUUUGGAAUGGUAUUUUUCUUAAAUCUACAAGAUACAUUUGAUGUAAUGUUUAAAAUGUUCAUAUAUUAAAAUAUUUUCCCCAAUAGAUGAAAUAUGACCAUAAAACCCUCACAAACAUUAGGGGUUAUAAAUUAGAAUGGUCACUUAUUUCCUGUCUAAAUGGAAGACAAACAUGCAUAGCAAAUUGUACAUGCAAAUUUAUAUUUAUAUAUUGUAAAUCUAGAGAUAUAUAGAAAUAUAAUGCAUCUCACCAUAAUGAAGGAGACUGGUACUUAGGUGGUGAUGAUUUUAGCUGCUACUUUCCCUUUUUGUUGUCUUUUAAACCAGAUUUGGCCUUCGAAUAGAAGAUUAUUCUCUAUAAAAUGUGGUUACACAAGCAGUUUAUACAUGGCUUUAUCAUUCUAUCUUGUAUUAAUAAUAUUUAGAAAAUUCUCGUGUUUCUAUACAUCUUCGGGAUACAUGAAAAUAUUAUUUUGGUUUUUUUUCCUGUAUAUUAUAUUUUUCCAGUAUAAAAUAGGACCUUUUGUAAGUAUCAGAGAGUUUGUCUAAAUACACAGCUAUAAUACAAUCUGGUUUAAGAGAUUUCUUUAUUCAGAACAAAAAGGCAAUAAUAAUAAACUGCUUUGUGGGCUACAGUCUCACAGUAAAGCACCUGAUUCCCAACAAGCUGUUAAUCAGAAAAUGCAUACCUAACAAUAAUUUCCUUUAUAUGUACAAUUACUGAAGAAUGGACUAAAGUUUCAGAAGAAUGUUGUAAGAAUCAUGGAAAAAAUAAUAUUUCCAAUUUCAUAUUCAGGAGAAAUAAAUUUACAUGCAAUGUUCACAAGUUUUGCUCCCAUUUUGCAGUUAAUAUUAAGCAUCAGUUCACUCUAUUUUUUCCAAUAAAAACUGUUGCUGCUAACAAGUUGCCUUUUCAUUGGAAGAAGUUUGGCUUCUCAUUACAACAACAAAAUAAAAAUCCAUCUGUAGAUCUUGGAAAUGGAAAUUGCUUGGGUGAUUUUACAAAUAUUUUUUAUUGUUUUAUUUAAAAUCUUACAUAUUUAGCAAAGGAAUGUAAAUUGGGAGAUUAGAAAUACAUAUAGGAGUUCCAUUUUUUAGAAUCUGCAAUAUCGUAACUUACAGAAUUUAAACUGAUCAAACUACAGACGUAGGUCUACCUCCUUUUGCCAUUCUCAGCUAUUUUUUUAAUAAGGUGCUUAUCAUGAUUUCAAAUUGAAAAUUCACCCAAUUCCAUAUGUAUGCAUUAUCAAGCAAUUUUAAAUAAAUGUUUGUGUGCAUGGUACACAUAAAUAGUGCAUACUUAUACUUAGCUAAGAAAAUCGUAUUAGUGCAUUCUAUAGUUAUAAAAUAAUAGUUUCCCAUUUCUGGUAAACACAAGGAAUGCAUCUUCUUUCCAUUUAUUAUAAAAACAGAUUAUUGGUGUAAAAAUGAGGAAAAAACAUUGAUUUGCCACACAGUAUUAUGUUCUCAGUUUGACUGAGGACAGUAUAAUAAUUAGAUAGGGGAAGGAGACAUAAUUUAUAUUUAUCAGUAAUAAAUAGAUCACAUUCCAGAUUGCCAGUUAAGGGUUAUCUCUGGGGCAGAUUUACUUUGUAAUGUACAGACUUUGUAAAUAGUAAACUUGUACAAUGGAUUUAUUCUAUUGCCAGAGUUGUUUUGAACUGUUAUUUAGUCAAUUAUUAUUUUAAUAUUUCCUUUCCUAAAAAUCAAAGUUAAAAUAUAUAACAGUAUUUGCCUUUAAAUAUAUUUGGAUUCCCAAUUGUUGCAUAAUUAUCAUAGAAAUGAAUUUAUAUGUAUUACUAUGCCAUAUAUCCUUGUGAAUGAAAUUAUACUACUAUACUUCUAAGACUCUCAUCGCUGGAGGUCUGAAUGCUGGUGCUGGAGAAAGAGAUGCAGGUAAUCAUCUACUUAUGACCAUAUUGAGCCCAACACUUACGCUUCUAAACAAAACAGACGCUAAGUAAGCUUUGCCCCAUUUUACAACCUUUCUUGCCAUAGUUGUUAAAUUAAUCACUGCAGUUGUUAAGUUAGUAACACAGUAGUUAAGUGAAUUUGGCUUCCCCAACUGAUCCUUUUUAUAACUUGGCACCAUAUUUUUGAACAUUACACACCCUUCACAGGAAAGUAUUCACAAUGCAAAUUUUGGUGUUUCACCUUGAUGACGUUUCAUUUGAAGCAACCCUUUGAAUAUGCUUGUCAAACAACAGUCCACUGUUUUGUAUUCCUUUUGUGUUGCUUUAGGGUCUCUAGUAUUUCUAGAGGUAAAAUAUCUGUGCCUAUUUUCCAUUCCAGAUUACCGUAGACACUUUUUUGCAUGCCCAUAGGUCUCGCCUGGCUAUAGCACUGCUGUAUGAAGUCUUGAGGUGACAUAAAGCACCUUUUCAUGCAGAAUUGCACCACCCCCUCAACAAACUAUCACCUCCAUAGUGUGAAGCAUCUUAUUUAGGCCAAGUACUGAUCUGAGAGAAAACUUUGCAGGAAAAUCUUGACAUUCGAACCUGAUUCUGCAUAAUUGCAUCAAUUUUUGUGUAAAACAAAGCAAUCUCAUCAUGUGCCAUAAGUUUGCUAGUCAUGCCAAUAACAAAACAUUCAGCAUUGCUUGCCAAGAACUGAUAAUAAAGCAUAAACCGCUUGACUGAC